AUGUCUUCACUAGUUACCAGUCAAAUAUUUUCAGUAUUUGUAAAAUCUCAUACAUUAGGGAAAUCUACUGGAAACCCAUCUGCAUCUUCCAAAGAAGUGUCUAAUGACUAUCUGACAUUCAAGCUAAAAGAAAUUAAUGUUGUUCUUGUAGAAGAAGAUAUGAUUAUUGCAGAAGCUGCGUUAAUUGAAAUACUAAUGAUUAAAGAGAUUUUUCGCUCAAAAGAAGCAGCUGCAAAAGCAGAAACUGUCGUCUAUGAGGCUGCUUUAUAUGAAGAAAGAUGCUCAGCUUUUGCGGAGGCAGAAUCUGCUUCAAGGAGCAAGUAUGUUGCACUUGCAUUUGAACGUGCAGCAGAAAUGGCCGAAGAAGCAAAGACACAGCAGAAGAUCGAAGUUAUAACGGAACAAGCCGUACAUGCUGGGUGGAGAGCAGAAGACUGCGCAAGAGAAAAACUGCCGCAUGCAGAAGCUCCAGCUUGCAGAAGCCGCAUUACUUGCAGCCACCGCAAAGAAAUUGGCCGAAGAAGCCCAGGGCAAUGCAUCAGUGGCAGCAAUCCCCCGGCUGCUCCGAUUAAGACCAACCACUGGGUCACAUAUGCCGGAACAGUGCUGCCAUACUGGAAGCUUUUAGUGGAAACUUUCAGUGGAAACUUUCAGUGGAAACUUUCAGUGGAAACUUUCAGUGGAAACUUUCAGUGGAAACUUUCAGUGGAAACUUUCAGUGGAAACUUUCAGUGA